AUGGGCUUCCUCAUUCUGGUCACCAUCAGCUACGUGGUGUUCUUCCUCGAGCAGGAGGACCCGGAGACGCUCUUUACGAACAUACCCGUCUCGCUCUAUUGGGGAGUGAUAACGGUGUGCACCAUUGGCUACGGGGACAUGGCGCCCAAGACGACGGCGGGGCGGACGGUGGGCGCCCUGUUGGCCAUCUGCGGCGCCGUGAUCUAUGCCAUUCCGGCGGGCAUCAUUGCCACUGGCCUGGCCUUGAAGGUUCAAGAGCGGAACCGUGAGAAGCACAUCAACAAGCGGCGCAUUCCCGCCGUGCGGCUGAUUCAGUGCGCCUGGCGGUGCUACGCGGCCUCGGCCAACUCCACCUCCUCCGUCACGUGGUGGGUGGCGCAGAAGGCGGUGGCCAGCGGCGGAAACCGGGGUGGAGGAGGCUUUCACCGGAAGCUGAUGGACAUGUACAAUGGGUCGCAGUUCAGCCUGAUGGAGGAUCAUCAUCAGCACCACAGUGACCACCACCAUAACGGUGAUCAUCACCAGCACAACAACCACAGCACCGCCGCCUCGAAGCAAAACUCGCACUCUGACCUGCACGCCCUGAACCUCGAAAGCGGCGGUGGCGGCGGCGGUGGAAUCCUCAGCGGCGCCCAGAAGAACGCCGUCCGCUUUAUCCGGGCGGCGCAGUACGAGGUGGCGCUGCGUGAGUUCAAGAACGCCUUCAAGCCGUACGACAUCAAGGACGUGCUGCAGCAGUACUCGGAGGGCCAUGCCGAUGUGGUGGGCCGCGUGCGCAUGUCCUCCAAUCUGGUGUGGAGCAUUAAGAACGGCGACGCGGAGAAUGUGCGCGAGAUCUUCGAGAAGGAGAAACUGGACGCCAAUCUGAUGAUCGACGGGCGGCGACCGCUUCACUACGCCGCCGACUACGGCCAGAAGGAGAUCAUCGAGUACCUGAUCACGAAGCAGGGCGCCGAUGUCAAUGCCCUGGACAAGCACAACAUCAGCCCGCUGCUGGCGGCCAUCUGGGAGGGGCACACCGAAUGUGUCCGCCUGCUGAUCGCCAAUGGCGCCCAGAUUAACGGCCGCACACCGGACGGCCUCAGCUACCUCGAGGCGGCGGAGAAGGCGGAAAUCAAGUCGAUGCUCUCCGUAUGA